AUGACGUAUUGGCCCAUCUCGUCGCCCUCCGUCUUUGCGGCCACCAAACGUACGGAGCCAGGGCGCACGCACAUCUCUCACGAUGGCGUGGAGCACAAGCAAUCAGACGAGAAACAUGACGGAUCGGGCGCCGCCACGACAACUCAGGCAAAUAAUGAGACAUUCACGGAGAAGAAAAGUACGACGAAAGAGACGAAAGACACGCAAUUGCCGCAAGUAGCCGCAGCGAACCAGCCGGUUGAGGACGACAUACAUGGCAUUAUAAUUGCAAUUAGAGUGACUAGGAGCGGUCACAUGUUUGCAACUCUUACCAGGACGACUCUCACAGUGUGGCAGACAAAGCCUACGGUCGUUCUGGCCUCUGUACUGCGUUCAGAGCAGUCUGUCAAAACAUACGGUCCAAAUACAGAUGUAUUACUUCGACCCGACUCGCAAAUCUUCGUCGUACAGACUACGCUCGGCUUCCUGAUCACAUACUCGCUCGCUCGCGACCAUUCAUCGCGCAUAUACAAGGCCCAGUUUACGAACACACAUGGAGCGCAUUCGAGGAGAAGCAGCGCAAUUACGGGCUUCAAGAUACAACGUCAGCAUGACACCAAUGCGGGACCUGGAGAGGGUAGCGGAUUGAAAGAGCUCAGUCUACGCUUUCGCAUGGUCAUACGCGUUGAUGCUGGUAUUAUAAGAGCCUUGGCCCUCGAUGACGAAUUGGUUGUUGCAACCGAGAAGCCUGCAGCUGUACAGUGUAUCCGCUGGGCGCCGGACAACGCUGGGAGUCAAACAAGCACUGAAUUACUAUCCAAGAUGACAUGGAUAGGGAAGGCUACCCUGCUUGACUUGGUCCAUGACAGACCUAUGAACCUGGCAUGUUGGAUCACUGGGGAUGGACAAGCGUUUGCUGUGCAAAAGACGGCGAAUCGAGACAGCGCUAUACCGGGGAUUUUCCGCGGUUAUGGCUUCCAUACUCCCCAGACCAACAAUGACCACGGAGUCAAAGCUGCAAUCAACGCAAGAUUCUCUUUACUUGCUGUCGGAUGCGCCAGGGGUGAGAUAUACGUAUAUACUGCAAAAGAUUACACCGGCAACAUCCCUCUUUCGCACAAACUACAACCCAAUGUCACAUCACCAGGGAAGUUGACUGUUUUGGCUUACUCACCUGAUGGAUAUUGUUUAUUCGCUGGUUACGAGAAUGGCUGGGCGAUGUGGAGUGUAUAUGGAAAGCCUGGCGCUACUAGCUUUACCUCAGACAGGACGCUUUCCGAGACGAACAAAGAGGGAUGGCUUCUUAGUGUUAAGGAAGCAUUCUGGAUUGGGGGCGGUGCGGAACUUUUGAUGCUAGGCAACAACGACAACCGUCUCUUCAUUAUAGAGAUGGCUCGAAGCGCGGUCACGGGGUGCUUUUCGUCUGCCAAUAUAUCACGUUCGCUGAUGCAGACAAGUACCGGCUUCAUGAUAUAUCGCGGGUACGACUUGCCAGACCUGACAACCAUUUCCGCUGAAGUCUCGCUUUGGCAUCACGUUCAAGUUCCAUCCGCCUACCUGGUGGACCAAUGGCCAAUCAGAAGUGCGGUCAUAUCGAAUGAUGGACGAUACGUUGCAAUAGCGGGCAAGAGAGGACUUGCUCAUUACAGCGUGAAUAGUGGACGUUGGAAAAUGUUUGACGAUCCCUUUAUAGAAAACGAGUUUGCUGUGCGAGGUGGUAUGUGUUGGUUCCAGCAUGUUUUGAUUGCGGCAGUUGAGUGCCACGAAUCUCACGAGGUCCGAGUGUAUUCACGCGAAGCAGCUCUCGACAACGGUCAUAUCAUGCAUACCCAGAAGCUACCCGCACCAAUAGUGCUGAUCGCUCCGUCCGGAGAGGAUUCUCUUUUGGUCUAUACUUACGAAAAUAUCUUGUACCACUACGUGAUUAGUGUCACAGAUGCGACCGUAAAGUUGGUUCAGGUCGGUCAGAUUGCGCUGCAUGGCAUUAUCCGCGCGCCUCCACGAGUGCGAGCACUAAGCUGGAUAUUACCCGAAGACCAAAUUAACAAUGGGGACCCUUCCCAAGAUGUGGCAGUUGCGACAAUCCUGUUCCUUGUUGACGGAAAACUGGUGUUACUCCAGCCGACAACUACGGAAGGCGGUGAACUCAAGUACGAAAUGCGCAUUAUUGCGCAGAACGUGGAGACAUAUGCUCUCAUGCGCGACCACCCUGCAUUUGCGCUAGACAAGCAAGUCGACUCUUUACCGCCUAGUCCUUCGGUAGGGCUGACGAUGAACGAUGUGCAUGGUCACGAUCUGCGCGAUUCGCUGUGGUUCUUUGACGGCCAUGACAUGCGUGUUUGGAUUGAUAUGCAAGACGUACUGUCGUCUGCAUCUGCCGAAGUGGGCAGGGAGCUAUCUACGCCGGUCAAGAUUCCUGUCGACUUCUAUCCACUCUCAGCAUUGAUCAACAAAGCCAUCGUGUUUGGCGUAGAGUCCGAAUUGAUCCAACGCAGAGACACAAGCUUCGCCUUCUUGCGUUUUGGAACCAGGACGCACCUAUUCCUUCCCGCAUUACUACGCUCCCAUCUGGCGCAGUUCAACCACCCUGCAGCCUUGCACCUAAGCCAUCAUUAUCAACACCUCUUAUAUUUUCCCCAUGCAUUGGAAAUCUUACUGCAUGAAGUUCUAGACGAGGAAGUCGACACUCAGCCACCCCCAGAACAAGCUCUUUUACCAAGCGUACUAUCGUUUCUGAGCUCGUUUCCUCAAUAUCUUGAAAUUGUAGUACAGUGCACCCGCAAGACUGAGGUGCGAUCAUGGAGGACUUUGUUCGCCAAUUUGCCACCACCAGAAGAGUUGUUCGAGGAAUCGCUGCAGAAAGGCAACUUGAAGACAGCGGGUGGCUAUCUUCUUGUUCUCCACACAUUUGAAGAACUGCGUCCGACAGGGGAUCAAGUCGUGCGCUUACUCCAACGAGCCAAAGACGAGCAGGACUGGGAGUUGUGCAAAGAGUUAGCGCGAUUUCUCAUGGCGCUGGAUGAGUCUGGUGCAACGCUUCGAAGUACACUGGAGCUUGUAGAGCUGAAGAGCCCGUCAGCAGAAUCGGGCCAGUCCCACUUCACAUUUCAUGCCACUCGACUGGGCAUACCCUCAAGAGGACGCACCAAUGGACACCUCACACCAGGCGGCCCGAAGACUGAAAUUGGGCCCGGCGGGAAUAGUAGAACGUCGGGAGAUAGUGGUGAUGCUAGCGUCGGGGGGACCGACAUCAGUCCUGGGAGCGGCACAGGCCCGCAGACACCUGUGGAUUAUUUUGGCCUUGGAAUGAGCAACUUGCACCAGUAG